AUGCCAACCAAAUCAGCAUCGACACAGAACCACCAUCUAGAAUGCCCGCCUCGCCCGACACCGACGGCGAGAUGCACGAGUGACACUUGCGGCUUACCCAAACAAUGUGGCUCGUCAAUGUUCGGCCUCCGCUUUUCACCCACCUCACCGUGGGCCGGCUUUGUUGCCGAGAUCACGCUGACCACCCCCGGAGAGCGCCGACACGAUCAGAACGCCAUCACAGACAUCACUGCCCACCGCAUACAUUGUAGACUCCCAGCGUACGUGUGCUCGUGGUUCCUGCUCCUGGCGUCACUCGACACGUUUGUGUUACGCUGCCCGGGCACUCGGUAUCAUCACCCUCCAUCACGAUGA